AUGAGCGUUAUUCUCUGUACUGCUGGAUAUGACCACACUAUUCGUUUCUGGGAAGCUUUAUCUGGAAUCUGUUCACGUACCAUCCAACAUCCUGACUCACAAGUGAACCGGCUAUGUAUCACCCCGGAUAAACGCUAUCUGGCGGCUGCAGGCCACAGCAAUGUUAAACUAUAUGAUAUCAAGUCCACCAACCCCAACCCAGUGAUGACCUUUGAUGGCCAUACGAACAAUAUUACAGGGGUUGCCUUCCACUGUGAGGGGAAAUGGAUGGUCACCAGCUCAGAAGAUGGCACGGUGAAAGUGUGGGACACCCGCACUGGAAGUUUGCAACGCAACUAUGCCCAUAAGGCUCCAGUGAAUGAUGUUGUUAUUCACCCCAAUCAAGGUGAACUGAUUAGUGGUGACCGUGCAGGCAUUGUCCGUGUCUGGGAUUUGGGCGAGAGUGUCUGCACCCACCAACUAAUUCCUGAAGAUGAUGUUGCUGUACAGAGCGUCAGUGUGGCCAGUGAUGGGUCCCUACUUUGUGCAGGAAAUAAGAAAGGCAAUGUGUAUAUCUGGCGAAUGAUUCAAGAUGCGGAACUUACCCGUAUUGUACCGAUCUGUACAUUCCAGGCACACAAAGAUUACCUCACCCGUAUUCUCCUCUCACCGGAUGUGAAACACCUCGCAACAUGCUCUGCUGACCAUACUGCCAAAGUAUGGAACCUGGAUCUGGACUAUCCGCCGGCAAAGGCCGCAGUCAAAGACAAGAUGAAAAGCACCACACCCGACACAACUGAGACCACUUCUUCUCAAGCAACUCCCGAGGGCCAUAAUGGAACUCCAGACAGCAGCAAAGGAAAGGCCGACUUCAACCCGUUCAGUCUUAUCGAAGGGGUCACGCCUCCUCCUCCCAACAACGAGCCGCAGCAGUCCUUCCCCGUCCAACCAGAUGGACCUCCAAUCGAUCCAAACACUUCGACACUCUACCUGGAGACCACAUUGGCCAACCACCAACGAUGGGUAUGGGACUGUGCCUUUUCCGCCGACUCGGCCUACCUUGUCACGGUCUCGAGUGAUCAUUACGCCCGUCUGUGGGAGCUGGCUUCAGGUCAGGUAAUUCGUCAGUAUAGUGGACAUCACCGCGGGGCGGUAUGCGUUGCUCUCAACGACUACUCUGAACCUCGUUAA